AUGAUCUCCCAAAUGGACAAGAGAGCUGCCAACAUCCUCUACCUUCACCCUGGACAAUACCUUGGUGAAAAUGAUAUUGUUAUCGAGGGACUAAACUUGGUAAUUGAACCCUACGAUCCUUAUGCCAUGAACAAUCAUGACCACCAAAUGUUAAAUAUGCCUCUGUUUAGUCGUGCCAACAUUUCUGAACACAAAAUUACAAUUGAUUGUAGGGGCUUUGGAAGAGGCAUCUCCAUUGUCAAUAGUCAGGUCGAACUGCGCAGUGUCACCCUUUUAAACUGCUCGGCCUCAUAUGGCAGUGCCAUCUUUAUCGUCAACUCCAACGUCAUUCUUGAAGAUGUUGACAUCAACUCUUGUAGAUCACAUUAUGGUUCUAUUUUUGUCAAUGAUUCGUCUCUUGUUUCAAACAAAUGCUCUUUUGUUGACAACAAAGUUGCCAAUCAUGGCGAAGGGUUAGUAUUCCUAAAUUCCAAGGCCACAAUAGAAAAUAUCAAAUUGUCCAAUUCAACUCAUCGUCAUGUAAUCGCCACUACCUCCUCCACCAUUCAAAUCAAUGGAAACAUAUCAAGAUCAAUGAUAAUGUGCGACAAGCUAUCAACAGUCGAAAACAAAGAUAGAGUGGAUCUGUGUGAUGACACCAAACAACAUUGUGGCGACGGUCACUGUUCCCCACAUUUGGAAGAUCACUUCUCUUGCCCUUUAGACUGUCGAUCCACUAUUUUUUCUGGAUUCCUCAUGGAAUCAAAGAGGUGUCCAACAUGUCCAACAACCUUAUCACCACACUACUCUUCAUCCAUCAACUCCAACAAACAAUAUCUAAACAUUAAAUUGUCAUCAUAUUUUAUAAAUCCAUUUGAUGGAAAAAUAUCAUUUUUAUUUGAAUUAACAAAUAUAGAUAUAAUCGUUCAAAUCAACAACAAUCAAAUUAUAAAUUAUAUCAACUCUGGUCCACAUUUACAAAAAAUCAAACACACCAUUUAUCUUCCAAAAACAAAAACAAAUCAUCUAAAAAUAAUAAUAAUAAGCCAAAACAACCUUAAAAAAUCACUUUCCAUCAAAUACAGUCCCCACCACAACAACAAUACCUUCAUUCCAUUCACAAUUGCAAGGUACUCCAAAAAUAUUUGUGGUGAUGGUGUAAAAGAUAACAAUGAAACAUGUGACCCUUUUGGCAUUAAAAGUCAUGAAUUUCCAGAUAUUUUUUGUGGCAAUGGGAUUUGCGAUGAAAAAAACUACAAUCAAUGUUUCCAAGAUUGCAACGAGUACUUAUACCAAAGAUGCCCACCACUGACUGUCAGACCUGGCGGUCUCCCACCAUCCAUUCGUAAGACCUCUGACACUAUUGGUAUGCUCAUCUUCAAUCAGCACACCUGGCGUCUGCCAGGAUACCAACACCUAUCAUUUGGUGUUGAUAUUGUAACCGGAGAGUUGGUAUCCCAUCCUAUAUUUCAUUUUGGCUUUUGCUCUGACAUGGAGACGAACAUUAUCGAGGAUCCAUAUAGAAAUAUAUUUUAUGAAUCACCAAGAGAAAUGUCUGUGGUACCAAGACCACAAUGUAAAUACCAUGGUUCAAAUGAAGUAUUUUCAUCGUCUACUGAGAUGAAAACAGACAAACAAAAGAAGAGCAAACUUGACACGUCUGCCAAUGCUGGUGCAAACAUUGCUGGAAUUGUUCAAGUGUCAAUAGAGGCUGCUUUCUCCAAAGAGUCAUCUGUCAAGAAGGCUAGAUCGUUGGAACAAAAGUCGAAAGGAACAAUUAUUGAGUCGUCAAUUGUUUGCCAAACAUCGGCUAUCAAAUUAAACAAAUUCCCAUUCAACCCAACAUUUAUUAACGAUUUGAAAAGUGCCGAUAAUGAAGCAGACUUUUAUCGUUUGGUCAAAAAGUUUGGCACACAUUUCAUGAAAAAGGUGGUUCUUGGUGGAAAAUUAUCUGUUGUACAGUCAAUUAAUGAAAAGUUAACCAAGUCCCAAGUUGAGUCAAACUAUCAAGAACAGAUUGACAUGUCUGUAAAGGCAUCGGUGACUUCAGAAGUAGUGUCUGCCAGUGCCUCAUACAGUUCAAGUAAUGGAAAGCAAGAGGAAAACAAAGAUGAAAGUGAAAGUAGCAACAAGUUCCAAAAGACAUCGUUGACUUCUCGUGGAGGAAAAUUAGGUUCAUAUGGAAAUGAUGGUGAACCUACCUAUUUUGGUACAUGGGCCUCGUCAGUGGAUUUAAAUCCUGUUCCAAUUGAAUACGAAUUGUCUCCAAUAGAAUCUCUCAUACAUUUGGAUUGGAUGACAAAAAGCAAUAGAAGUGUAAAGGAAAUGUGGAAGAAUGCCUACAACACCUAUAUGUUAUAUGCAAGCAAGGAAUCUGACUAUCAAGAGGCUGUACCUGACUUUGCCAUCAAAGAGAAAUGGAUCUGGUUCAUCUCAAAAUCUUUACCAAACCACUCAUUCAACCAUUUUUCUAUUCAAAUCAAAGAAAACAACAAGAUUACAUCAUCGUUGGAUGCUCGACUAUUUCCCUCUGUAGACAUCUAUAACAAGGCGGAUUUAUAUCAACUCCCAAAUCUACUUGAUUAUUUGGUGUUUUCAUCUGAUUUCAAAACCAGCUUUGUUUCCCAAUUGGAGAACAAACAAAGAAGUACAACAAUAUAUAGUCGAGACGCAAUCAAUUCCAACCUGAUCCCAACAAAAGAAAUGGAUGAUAAGCAACAAGAAGGUUUUGGAGUGGAAAAUAUCAUUUUUAGAGAAACAGGGGAGAAGGUAUUGUUUCCUAAAUGGAUGAUUGGACUGUAUCCAAAUUGCACAACCACAAAUCUUGGGGAGUUUCCAAUAUACUCUAUUCAUACAUUGGAUCAGGGAGAGAUUAUUAAUCAUCCACCAGAAAAUUACUUCAAAUCAUAUUUGUUGAUACCACCUAUAUUACCUAUCAAAAAUAGUGACCAUCAUUCUUAUUUCGAAAGCAUCAGAGUAAAGGUUUGGACCAAAAAGUACGAUGGUGAGAAAAAAGGGUUUUUCGAUACCAGAAACAGUUCUUCCCGCCAUUGGCGAAUCAUUCAACUCUCUGACACUCAAACAUCUAUGGUCAUGGCUGCUCGCCAAAUCAGACUCGAAUUUAAUGAUAAGAAAUUUAAUGAAACACUGAUGGAUCAAUUAUAUUUUCUUGUCAACAAUGGAAAGAACAAAUUCCUACCUAUCAAACUUAUUUAUGGGUUCGACAAGGAUACGGAACCUGGUAUUCAGAUGGUGAUUAGAGACCCAUUAACCCAAUUCUUUUCAAACACCCCCAUAAAAUCAAAUUUAAAUCCCUCAAAUCAAGCCUUGGUUAAAUUUGAUGUCGAUACUGAAGACGAAUCCAAAAUUUUACCAAACUUACCAGCACCCUAUUGGAUACCAAAAGAUUUCCUACAAAAUACUUUAUCCCAAAGCGAUUUUAAUAGAUUAAAGAAAUUUAUUGAUAAUAUGAAAAGUGACUAG